UGCAUGGUAGCGGCAAAGGGUAUCGCAGUCUGUCAGAGAGCCGGCAGCCCGCAACGCGAGAGUUGCUGCCGAGUUAAUUCGAGUUUGAGUAUCGUUGAUUGAAACAUAGGGGGGAAGAGACAUUUGUGAAUCGUAGUAAAGAAUUCGUUAUUACCCGUCUUUAGAUAAAAAGGAACAUUUCGUCUUCGAUCUACGUUUAGUGUCGCUGUGUCUUACGACGGUUCUCUCUCGCAGCAUCCUCUUGACCAUCGUAUUUGCAAACUACUUGGUCUUCUGUCGCUCUUCAUUUGUCCCUCUUCUGUUCCUAUUUCUUUCUUUUUUUUUCGUUCUCUCUCUCUCUCUCUCUCUGUUGUUUUCUUCUUCUUUUUUUAAUGCAUCGUAAACGAAAAAGUUGAUUUCAAGAGACAUAUUGUUAACAAAUCUGAUUGUUCUCUCAGUUUCCUAACCGGAUAUAUUUUGUAAAAUUGCCCUUUUCGUGGGAGGAAAAACGUUCCUGGAUAUACCACAUAUCGAGAAAUCGAAAAAUUAAAACUGGAUAAUCGUGUCACCUAACGAGCAAUGAGUACCACGGAUCCUACUGGAGAGGGAGGAGGGGGAGGGGUGACGAGUACAAUAUCACCAACAAACGUUGAACAAAAUAUAUCUCCGGUUAUACCGGUGACCGGUAGUGCGGUGCAACCAGGCUCUCAACAACAGCAUCCACCACCGUCACCACUAAGCGGUUGUUACCUUCUCGUUGUGCUUCCAGAGCCUCAUACUGCGCAGCAUAAAGAUCUCAUCUUAAACCGUCUAGCGAAAGGUUUCCUGUCAUGGGAUAAGGAUAGCUGUCAUGUAGAUUUAGAAAAAGAAUUACUGGCAUUGGUGGCACAAGCUCCCGAGGGAGAAGAAGCUAGAAAUGGCGAACGACUGAUUCAAUACGCUACAGAAAACCUCGUUACCGAGGUUUUGAUUCAUCCGCAAACGAACACGUUAUUGCAAUGUAUCCGUAAUCUUCUCGCAAGUUUCACGAAACACCGGCAUAUCAUACACGCUGGCUAUACCUUCGGUGGAAAUGGUUCCUGGAUACUGCAAGAUGGAACCUUUAGCCUCGCCGAUUUCCUGGACGCCUUCAGCGAACACGAAGUGCAAAGAGUUCUUCGAGCGUAUGAGAACAGCGUCACUGUAGACAUUCAUUGCGCGAGCGUUGGCGAUUGGACGACGAACAGAUUGUCCAAAGAGGCUUGCACCAGAGCGUGCAGAGUCCGAGUAAAUCCCGAUGACGUUCUUACCGCUGGCUUGUCAGCAAUUACCAGUUUUACAAAUUACGUUGGACAAUAUCUCGUUGCCCAAACGUUGGACCAAUUGAUGGAACCGUCCGAUGUUGUGGGCAACAUAAGAUUUAGUCAUCCAACGUUAUACGUCUUCCCCGGUGGCCAAGGUGAUGCCGCCCUCUUUGGCAUAAACGGUUUUAACAUGUUGGUCGACGGUGGUUUCGCCAGAAAAGCCUGUUUUUGGGACUUUACCAGGCAUCUGGACCGCCUCGACGCGGUCUUAGUUACUAGAAUAAAUAAUAGCAAUGUCGGAGGCAUGUCGAGUGUUCUUCGUAAAAAGAAGGAGAUGCACGUUUAUCCUCAGAUCGGACACUUUUUCUGUAAUCUAGUCGAGAGAAGACAAUCCAAUUCACCGGAUGGGAACAAAGAUAUCGAUCCUCUGAUCCUGAAUCUCACCGACAUUGGCCAAGAGAUGGUCGUUAAUCUACGGCACAUCAAUUUGCGAGCGCAUCCGUGCUACAGGGAUCCGGACCCGAUCAAUCUUUACCACAAAGUGGGCCACGGCACGUUGGACAUGUACGUGCUGAGCCCGAGCAAGGAUAGCCGCGAAGUGAGGGAAUUCCUUGCCAAAUGGCACACCUCGGACUCGAAAUUAUUCUCCGGCUCCCACAAAAAAGACUCCAACAAUUUAACGUUCCCGAUUCAGAAUCUGGUCUCGAUAUGCGCCAUGCUCGUUUGGCAACCUGCCAAUCCCGAGGACACCAUCACGAGGAUCCUUUUCCCCGGGAGUACCCCCCAGCUCAAGAUCUUCGAAGGGUUCGAACGAUUGAAGCACCUCGAGUUUCUCAAGCAUCCCGUAUGCUCGGCGAAAAGCCUUUCCCCGUCCGCCUCGUUGGCGACCUUGCGCGACAAACCGGCCAAGCAAAAGUUCAGCCUCAUAACCGACAAGGAGCCGGCGAAGAAGAUAGGGGACGCGAAGAAGGAGAAGAAGGAGUCGCCCGAGAUGAAAGUGAUAAAAGGCGGGGACGAUUUGCCGCCCCGCGUAGCCCAGGGCACACCUAUCAUACCCACUAAACAGCCGCAACCGGUCAAACCCGAGGCGAAGACUAAAAAGGCGUUGGAGAACAAGAAGAUAGAGGUGGAGAUGAAGGACGUGAAGGAGAGGAAGGAGCAGAAGGCGGAGAAGGAGGCGAAAAAGGAGAUUGUAAAGAAGGAGAUUGGAAAGCUAGAGAAAGAUGAAAAACGGGAGGAGGAACCGAGGAAGCCUGUCGAGGCUGGGGCGAGGCAGGAGGCGGAGAAGAUAAUCGCGCCCCCGGCGAAGGAGGCGAAACCGAGGAAGAAGGAGGCGAAGAGCGCGAAGCCCGCGAGAAUAGACUCGAUGCCGAAGUCGAAGAUCAGCGAAUCGAAGAAGGCGAAGCAAUCCCCCGUGGAGAAGAAGGAAACGGUGAUCAAAUCGUCACCGACCACCCCCAAGAAGACCAUGAACGGGGUAGCGACUAAAACGGAAAUCUCGAAGGCGGUUAAAAAGAUGCCGCCUGUUCACAAGAUCGAGGUCGCGCCCCCGGCGAAAAGCACGAAGGACGCGAACAACAGGAAGGUGGUGGAGCAGAAGAAGUCGGCGAUAAAGGAAACAGGUGUAACCGCCGCGGUGAAAGUGACGGCGAAGCCGAAGCCAAUGGACAGGAAGCCGAUAGGCCGAAGGAAGCCUGUCAGCCCGAGCAAGGCACGGGUGUCCGGCAGCCCGGCGAAGUCGACUCGAAGCACGCCAACGACUUCCGUCAAGUCCGAUAAGGAUGGUGUCGUUGCCCGCAGGGCGAAGGGGGAGAAGGGGACCGCCGACUCGUCCACGGUGUCCACACCGUCCGGGAUCGAGGCCGAGGCGGGUGGCAGGCUGGCCGAGAAGAGCUUGAUGGAACAGUCGGAGGACAUCUCGUUGGACUCGAUCGAGAGCAAGGUGUUGGCCGAUCUGAAGGAGGAACGGGAGGUCGUGGAGGAGAUCGAGGCCGUCCUCCAGAAGGCGGAACGCAUCGAGGAGACGAGGAAAGACGAUCGUUCCGAGGGGGAUGAUGAAAUCACGGCCGAGCUUACCGACAAGAAGGAGGAGGACAUCACGGAUGACGACAUAAUCGAGCCCGACAUGGAGGAGGCAUUGAAGAGGGAGAUGAUCGACGAAUAUUUGAUCGUCGAGAAGGAGGAGGAUUAUAUCGAGGACUCUACCCAGAGCGGGGAGGGUGAGCAGAAACAUAUCUUGGACGAGGCUGAAUCGGAGAAGGCGAAGAUGCUGAAGGAUAUGGAACAGGUGAAGGAGAAGGGGGAGGAGGAGGAGGUGGAGGAGAAGGAGAGGGACGAAAGCGUGGUGGUGGAGAAGAGGGAGAAGGAAGGGGAGGAGAAAGUAAUGGAAACGUUGAAGAUCGAGGAGGAGGGGGCGGAGCCUAUCGAUCUGUCGCCGGAUCGGAGAGAGCAACUGGAGGAGGAGGUGAAGGAUAUAAUCGCUACAGCGGCGGAAACGGUACAACAGAAGCCCGAGGAAAAGGACGAUUCCGGGAAGAAGGAUAGCGAGGAUAUCACGAAGGAACCGUCCAGCUUGAGCCCGGACAAAUUAGACUCGUCCGAGAAGAAAACUACCGAUACCGACUUGAAGCCCGAGGUUGACCAAAAGGAACAAAUCCCCGAGAAAUUGGAGGAGUCGCAAGAGAGGAUUUCGACACUGGAAUCUGGCGCCACGACGACAGCCCCAACGCUUCCCGAGGACGAGCGUAUACCGCUCGACGAGAUAAAAGAAGAUAUCGACGAGAAACACAUCAUCGAGGAGGUGAAAGAGAAAGACGUGAUACCGAAGGUUAAGGAAGAAGAGGUCGCUGUUGCCCCUUCGCGAAUCGUACCUCUCACGGUAACCACCAAGCCAGACGUUCACGUGUUCGACAUCCGGCAAGCUGUGCAACGAGAUAUCGUGAAAACGCCGGACGAGGUUGCCGAUCUGCCUGUCCACGAGGAGGUGGAUCCCAAGUUGUACAGAAUAGAGGACUUCGAAAAGGACAAAGAGGAAAAGCUGACAUUGCCGCAACAAGAACAGAAGCCGGAACAGAAACCGGAACAAGAGCCGCCCACUCCGCCGGUUAAGGAGCAAAAAGGUGUUUUCAGUUUCUUCGGCAAGGUUGCCGAUAAAUUUGAGAAGGGUAUCGAUAAGUUGACUAAAAAAUCGAAGAAGGAGCAAGAGAAAGAUGUUGACGAAAAAUCUUCGUCCAAGUCGAGCUCUCCUAAAGAAGCUAAGGUAGAGAAAACUGUUCUUGAAGAGGUCGAUAUGGAGAAAAUGUUCCCCAAAGUGGGUAAACCUAGUGAAAAAGCGCAAGAAGUUGCGGUGACCGAAGUGGAACGGAAGGAUAGCGAUGCAAAGAUUUCACCGGCUGUUGAAGAAAUUAUCGCGAAGGAACGAGUCAUCGAGGAUGUUUCCGUACCAAAACCGGACGAAGCAAAGCCCGAGAUUAAGGAGAAACCGAGUGAAAUUGAAGAGAAGGAGGAGGAAGUCGCUGCGCCUAAACCUGUCGACGAAAAAAUUGUGAUAAAAGAAGACGUGAAAGUGAGUGAAGUUCAGCCGAAAGAAGUCGCGUUGGACGAGAAGAAAGAGGAAAUAAAAGAGAUCGAUACCAAGAUUAGGAAGGAAGAGGAGGUCGGAGAAGAAGUGGAGGAAGACGCGGAAGAGAUAAAAGCCUUGCUGGAAGAAGCUUCGAAGAAAUUCAAGACGGUGAAGGAUAGCCUGAGAGACUCGUUGGAGUCGCUAGAAGAGAAGAUCGAAGAAGAAACUGUCGACCUAACACGAGAAGUACCAGUAGUAAAAGAUAUCGUUAAAGACACGUUGGAGGGUGUAGUGGAGAAACUGGAAGCGAUAAAACCACAGAUCGAGAGCAUAUCGCCCGAAACUAAAGAACCGGAGAAAGUAAAAUUCGAAAUACCGAAAGAGGAAGAUUGGGAACCAGUGCCUACUAAAGACGUUAAAGAGGCUGUUCGAGAUGUUGGCGAAGUCCUCGCUGGGACGGCUGGCAUAGAUAUCGAGGAAAAGCCAAAAGAUGUCAUUGAAAUCGUGCGCAAAGUUGCUCAAGUUCUGAAGGAGGACGAUUUAUUUUCGGACAAAACUUUAUUCGAGGAGCCGAUCAAAAAAGAAGAAGUUGCUGUAUCACCUACUGCCGCUAAAACUAAAUCGCCAGUUUCUGAAGGCGAAGGCGUCGAAUCGCCUGAAAAAUUAACCACGACCGAAGAUAAAAUUGCUGUAAUGCCGACGAAAGUCGGUAUCACGGAAGAGAUUUCUCCUUAUCAGGAGGAAGCCGAAGAGCUCGUCGAAGUGCACGAGGAGCCUUGCGUGAAAAUGGUUAAGAAAAUCGAGAAGAUUACGUCUCCGGAAAAGAAAUCGGAGGAUAAACGUGACGUUAAAGAAAUUUGCGAAGAGAUAUUGAAAGAGGAUAAAAAACCGAUAAAGGAGCCGGUUGUUUUAGAUAAGGAAGUUGUUUCUCCGAAAGUGGAUGUAAUGGAAGCUGGAUUAGAGGACGUAUGCGUGAAAGAAACCGCGAGAAAAUCGAUCGAUGAAGCACAAAUUGGAACAGGAGUAGAAGAGUCGGUGAUAGGUUUCGAUCAAAAGAUUUCUCCCGCGAAGGCGGAGAUCGUGAUGGUCUCUCCCGGUUCGACGCCAACAUCGCCAAAAUUCGUAACGGAUAAAGAGGCCAAAGUGGACGCGAGUGAAGAAAUUGCUACCUCAAUUGAAUUGCCGUCCGAAGUAAGAGCGAUCAUCGAUAAGGUUGAUCGCAUGAUAGAAGAGAUUAUCGAAGAGCUUGUAUUGAAGAAGAAGAGAAUUACGAUUGAGAUUGUAGAAUAUAUCACAAUCGUGAAACGUGUUCCAAAAGAGCGUGUGAUUUAUAUUAUUGAAGAGAUUAUCAUACGGAAAGGACUUUCGAAGGAGGAUGUUGUCGAUAACGUAGAUAUCUUGAAACUCGAAUCGAUUACUCCACGAUUGCAAAUGGAACUCGAGGAAUAUAUAAUUAGUGAAUAUAUGAAAAAAGGGAGAUGUAUAACCAUUGAAAUCGUGGAGGAAAUUUCUGUGAGAAAAACUGUACCGAAAACGAUUAUUAUUCGUAUUAUUCAAGAAAUUAUUAUUCAUAAAUUAAUCGAUGUUCCUACUAAAGAUCUGUUUGAUUCGCAGGUAGAACAGAUUGUUCUUAAACAAAAGAAAGAAGAAGAAAAGGAAGAAAUAGAAAAAGUGGAAAAGAAAGAAAUCGAAAAGGAAGAAAAAGAAAAAGAAAUUACGAAAGAACCAGAGGAAGUAUUAUUGCCAAUCGAUAAAGUACCUGUCGCGAAACUAGAGAAGGAAAAAGAAGAGAAACUAUUCGAAGCACCUGAAACACUCAAAGCAGAACUCGACUUGAAAAAAAAGGAAGAAGUCGAAGAAGAAGAGGAGGAGGAAGAAGAAGUAGAAGAAGAUGGUUUUGUUAGUAUCGGUAAAAAAAUUUCGAAAGAAGAGAUACAAAUUAAAAAACAAAUAAGAAAAGAAAAAGACAUUACCGAUGAUUUCGAAGCUGUUGAACAAGAAUAUAAAGUGGGUGAAGUAACGGUUACUUCGCUAGAAGACACCUCGCGGAUUAUUUCGCCAAAAUCGGAUGAAUCGAGGGAACGAGAAUACGCUGAAGAAGCUGUUGAAGACGUAAUAAGCGAAGUUAUCGAGGCUGAUGAAAAAUUUGUUCAUGAGACGAAAGAGAAAAUAGAGAAGAAAGAAUUAGACAUCGAUGUCGACAAAGUACAAUUUGUUAAAUUGGAUAAAGAAGAAAUAGAAAAGAAAGAAUCUAAAAAAUUAAUCAAGACGUUAGAAAUAGCAAAAGAAAUGGAGCCCCUCGAUACAACAGAAAAAUAUUUAGACGAAGCUAAAGAGAAAAAGGAAGAAAAAAUUAUUGAUAAAACAAUAACGAAAAAAUUAGAAGAAACACCGAAAGUGAUUACACCUCAAGUUGAAAAAGAGGAAAGAAAACCUCAACAAGAGAAAGAAUUAAAAAUAGAAGAGAAAAAAGAAGAAAAGAAACCCGAAGAGGAAGAAAAAGAAUUAAAAGUUGAGGACAAAAAAGAAGAAAAGAAACCAACAAAAGAAGAAAAAGAAUUACAGAUUGAAGAUAAGAAAGAAGAAAAGGAACUUGCAGUAGAAGAAAAAGAAAUAAAGGUAGAGGAGAAGAAAGAAGAAAAGAAACCUGCAGAAAAAGAAGAAAAAGAAUUAAAAGUGGAGGAAAAGAAAGAAGAAAAGAAACCCGUAGAAGAAGAAAAGGAAUUAAAAGUAGAGGAGAAGAAAGAAGAAAAGAAACCUGUAGAAGAAGAAAAGGAAUUAAAAGUAGAAGAAAAGAAAGAAGAAAAGAAGCCUGAAGAAGAAAAAAAAGAAUUAAAGAUUGAAGACAAGAAAGAAGAAAAGAAACCCGAAAAAGAAGAAAAAGAAAUAAAAGUUGAGGAGAAAAAAGAAGAAAAGAAACCUGUAGAAGAAGAAAAAGAAUUAAAGAUUGAAGAGAAACAAGAAGAAAAGAAACCUGUAGAAGAAGAGAAGGAAUUAAAAAUUGAAGAGAAAAAAGAAGAAAAGAAAUCUGUGGAGGAAGAAAAGGAAUUAAAGGUGGAAGAAAAGAAAGAAGAAAAGAAACCCGAAGAAGAAAAAAAAGAAUUAAAAAUUGAAGAGAAGAAAGAAGAAAAGAAAUCUGUGGAGGAAGAAAAAGAAUUAAAAGUUGAAGAGAAAAAAGAAGAAAAAAAACCUGAAGAAAAAGAAAAAGAAUUAAAGAUUGAAGAGAAACAAGUAGAAAAGAAACCCAUAGAGGAAGUAAAAGAAUUAGAAGUUGAGGAAAAGAAAGAAGAAAAAAAACCUGAAGAGAAAGAAAAAGAAAUAAAGGUGGAGGAAAAGAAAGAAGAAAAGAAACCCGAAGAGGAAGGAAAAGAAUUAAAGGAUGAGAAGGAGAAAGAAGAAACUAAACCUAUCGCAGAAGAAAAAGAAGUAAAGGUUGAGGAGAAGAAAGAAGAAAAGGAACCAAUAGAAGAAGUGAAAGAAAUAAAAAUUGAGGAAAAGAAAGAAGAAAAGAAACCCGCAGAGGAAGAAAAAGAAGUAAAGAUUGAGGAAAAGGAACCAGUAAAAGAAGAGAAAGAAAUCAAGGUUGAGGAGAAGAAAGAAGAGAAGAAACCCGUAGAGGAGGAAAAAGAAAUAAAGAUUGAGGAGAAGAAAGAAGAAAUAAAAUUAGUAGAAUCGUUACCUGAAUUAAAAUCCACCGUCGAGGAAGAAAAACUUGAUAAAGGCGAAAAAGUUAAAACUCCAGACAUAGUAAAAGAAGAGAAACCAGAAGAUAAGAAGGAAGUAAUUAAGGAGAAAUCUCCGGAGAAAAUAGUUGAAACCGAAAUUGAAUCAAUCAAAGACAUCAUUGAUCGUAAACCAAGUAUCGAGGAGUUAGCUAAAGUAGAAAAAAUAUCUCCGAAAUUGGAGAAAAUUGAAGAUGAAAAACAAAUUGUUCCAGAAGAUCUAUCCUCAGUUAAGGAACGGAAACAAGAACAGGAACGUAUCGAUUCGAGUAUAGAAGCACAGAUAGAAGAAAUAAAGGAGAAGAAACCAGAAAUCGGAGAAGACAUUGGAUCCGUUCGACGAAUGUUAGUCACAGCGAGUAGCGAAGACGGUGGACAGGAAACGGAAAUUUGUGCAGCCGGUACUAUUGCAUUUCAAAAAGCUAUUACACCCGAAGAUUCUCUUAAAGAUACGUCUAUCAAAACAACACCUGAUAAAGAUUCUUUGCUUUUAGAUAAGGACUCUCUGCAUUCGGAAAUAAGUAGCCCAGAAAAGGACAGUAUUUCUGAAAAGUCAUUGCCAAAAGACAUUGGAAAAAUAACGCCCGAAGACAGUUUGGAUAAAUCUCCAAUCGAUACACGUGAUUCGCGCGAUCUCGAGGAUAGUUUGGAGAAAGGUAAACCGAGGGAGGCGGAUAGUAGUACUUCUCCAUCUGUUAUGGACACAGAAACUCCCAAAUCUCCAUUACAACAGAAACAAAUUGAGGAUAUGACUAAAGUAAAACCUGACAUUAUUGGGAAAGAAGAAUUGCACGAAAAAAUUGUUGAAGAUCAUUUACAGAAAUCCAAGGAAGAAACUGAUAAGAAAAUCCUUGAAAUAAGUGCAUUAAAAUCAUCCGAAUCGAUUCGAUCGGAGGACGUUUCACCGGCAGAAACCAUUUUUGCGAAAUCACCCACGGAAAAAUUAAAAGAACCGAGCAAAAUUCCAACCGAUACAAAAGAGAUAGAACCGGCGAAAUCAAUUUUAGAAACAGAAACCAUAACAAAGCGAGUUGAAGAAAUUGGCCAAGAGAUUCGUGAAAUUGAAAUGAAAAAAGAUGAAAAAGAAGAAGUGUGUGUGUUGCGUGAAAAGAGUGAAUCACCGAAAGAGGAAUCAAUUAUCGAACCUGCCAAAAUAGAAGAAAAAGAAUUAAUCACAGAUCGCAAAUUAGAAAUCUCUACUGACCAAGAUAAAAUAGAAAAGAAAGACGAUUUGCAGCAGAUAAGUGAGAUUAAAAUGAAAGAAGAGAAAUUGAAAGAUUUAGAGGCAGAAAUUCCCGAUGAAUCAAAAAUACUCGAGGAUAAAAUAUCCUCUGAUAUUAAACAGACUGAUAUUAUUGAUAAGGAUAAGCUUCCAAUUAUAGAUGUUGAUAAAUCUAAAGUGGAAAUACAAACAAAAUUAGAUACAACAAUUGUAACUGAUAAAGAGCUAAGUACUUUUGAUGAAAAGAGCAAAGAACCAAUCGAUACAUCAAAAUCAACUUUUGUUACAGAUACUACAGAAAAACCAAAAUCUCCCAUUAUAACAGAAAAAAUUCAAGAACUUGAUAUCACGGAUAAAGAAAUAGUUCCUCCCAAAGAAGAAGAAACGAAAAUGAAGGAGAAAAUAGAUAUAGAAAAACAUGUAAUUGAAAAAAUUGAGAAAGUCAAAGAAGAAAUUAAGCCCGAAAGUAUACCAAUAGAAACAAAAACGGUGAUCGAUGUAUCGAAACGAUCUAGUAUUUCAAGUGAAAUUCAUCUUGUAACAGAGGCUGAAACUAAGGCAAUCGAUAAAUCUAAAUCACCAAGUGAAAUAGAUGAAACAGAGGAUAAAACAAGAUCGCCCAGUAUUGCUGGUGAUAUCGAAGAUUUGAAAGAAGUAGAGGUAACCAGUAUUGAUAAAUCUAGAACACCUAGUGUAACAAGUGUUACAGCAGAGCCAAAAGAGGUAUCCGACAAAUUAAAAUCGUCCAGUAUUGCUGGAGAUGAAUCCGAUUUAAAAGAUAUCGAAACAAAAGAAAUUGAAAAAUCAAGAUCUCCCAGUGUAACAAGUAUUCCUUCAGAAGAAAAGAAAACAAUGGAUAAAUCAAAAACACCUAGUCCUGAAGAAGAGCAAGAUUUAAAAGAUAUUGAAAAAUCUAGAACACCCAGUGUAAUUAGUGUUCCAACAGAAGUUAAAGAAACCAUAGAAAAGUCACCUAGUGUUUCUGGUGAAGAACCAGAAUUAAAGGAUAUUGAUACAAAAGAGAUUGAAAAAUCUAGAUCUCCUAGUGUAACAACAGAAAUAAAAGACGUUGAUAUGAAAGAAAUAGAAAAGUCCAGAUCUCCUAGCGUAACAAGCACUACAGCAGAAGCAAAAGAACCAUCAGAUAAAUCAAAGUCACCCAGUAUUGCUGGUGAAGUUGUUGAUCUGAAAGAUGUUGAUAAAAAAGAAAUUGAAAAGUCAAGGUCUCCCAGCGUAACAAGUGUCACAGCAGAAGAGAAAGAGCCAUUAGACAAAUCAAAGCCUCCCAGUAUUGCUGAUGAAAAGCCAGAAUUAAAAGAUAUUGAGAUAAAAGAUAAAGAAAAAUCUAGGUCUCCAAGUGUAACGAGUGUUACUGGAGAGCCAAAAGAGUUAUCAGAUAAAUCAAAAUCGCCUAGUGUUGCUGGUGAAGAGCCAGAAUUAAAGGAUAUCGAGGUAAAAGACGUAGAAAAAUCCAGAUCUCCAAGUGUAACAACAGAAAUGAAAGACAUUGACAUGAAAGAAAUAGAAAAGUCCAGAUCUCCUAGCCUAACGAGCACUACAACAGAAGUAAAAGAACCAUCAGAAAAAUCAAAGUCACCCAGUAUUGUUGGUGAAGUUAUUGAUCUGAAAGAUGUUGAUAAAAAAGAAAUUGAAAAAUCGAGAUCUCCCAGCGUAACAAGUGUCACAGCAGAAGAAAAAGAGCCAUCAGAUAAAUCAAAGUCUCCCAGUGUUGCUGGAGAAAAGCCAGAAUUAAAAGAUGUCGAAAUAAAAGACAUAGAAAAAUCCAGAUCUCCAAGUGUCACAAGUGUUAUUACGGAACCGAAAGAAUUAUCAGAUAAAUCAAAGUCGCCCAGUGUUGCUGGUGAAGAACCAGAAUUAAAAGAUGUUGAAGUAAAAGAUGUAGAAAAAUCCAGAUCUCCAAGUGUAACUAUGGAAUCGAAAGAACCAUCAGAUAAAUCAAAAUCUCCUAGUGUUGCUGAUGAAAAGCCAGAAUUAAAGGAUGUUGAGAUAAAAGAUGUAGAAAAAUCCAGAUCUCCAAGUGUAACAAGUGUUAUUGCAGAACCGAAAGAAUCAUCAGAUAAAUCAAAAUCUCCCAGUGUUGCUGGUGAAAAGCCUGAAUUAAAAGAUGUUGAAAUAAAAGAUGUAGAAAAAUCUAGAUCUCCAAGUGUAACGAGUGUUAUUGCAGAACCGAAAGAACCAUCAGAUAAAUCAAAGUCUCCCAGUAUUGCUGGUGAAGAACCACAAUUAAAGGAUGUCGAUAUAAAAGAUAAAGAAAAAUUCAGAUCUCCAAGUGAAUCAAAAGAAUCAUCCGAUAAAUCAAAGUCGCCCAGUAUUGCUGGUGAAGAACCAGAAUUGAAGGAUGUUGAGGUAAAAGAUAUAGAAAAAUCCAGAUCUCCAAGUGUUAUUGCAGAACCGAAGGAACAGUCAGAUAAAUCAAAAUCACCCAGUGUUGCUAGCGAAGUUGCUGAAUUGAAAGAUGUUGAUAUAAAAGAAAUCGAAAAGUCGAGGACCCCUAGCAUCACAAGCGUUACAACAGAAGUUAAGGAGCCAUCAGAUAAAUCAAAAUCGCCAAGUGUUACUGGCGAAGAACCAGAAUUAAAGGAUAUUGAUACAAAGGAGAUUGAAAAAUCCAGGUCUCCAAGUGUAACAAGUGCAACUGCAGAAAUAAAAGAACCAAUCGAUAAAUCAAAGUCGCCUAGUAUUUCUGGUGAAGUUGCUGAAUUGAAAGAUGUCGAUACAAAAGAGAUUGAAAAAUCGAGGUCUCCCAGUGUAACGACUGUCACUGCAGAAAUAAAAGAACCAAUGGAUAAAUCAAAGUCGCCUAGUAUUUCUGGUGAAGUUGUUGAAUUAAAAGAUGUCGAUACAAAGGAGAUUGAAAAGUCGAGGUCUCCCAGUGUAACAAGUGUCACAGCAGAAACAAAAGAACCAACGGAUAAAUCAAAGUCUCCCAGUGUCGCAGGUGAAGUUGCUGAAAUGAAAGAUGUUGAUACAAAGGAGAUUGAAAAAUCUAGGUCUCCCAGUGUAACAAGUGUCACUGCAGAAACGAAAGAAGCAUCAGAUAAAUCAAAGUCUCCCAGUGUUACUGAUGAAGUUGCUGAAUUGAAAGAUGUUGAUACAAAGGAGAUUGAAAAAUCGCGGUCUCUUAGCGUAACAAGCGUCACAGCAGAAACAGAAGAGCCAACGGAUAAGUCAAAGUCUCCCAGUGUUGCAGGUGAAGUUGCUGAAAUGAAAGAUGUUGAUACAAAGGAGAUUGAAAAAUCUAGGUCUCCCAGUGUAACAAGUGUCACAGCAGAAACAAAAGAGCCAAUGGAUAAAUCAAAGUCGCCUAGUAUUGCUGGUGAUGUUGCUGAAUUGAAAGAUGUUGAUGCAAAGGAAAUUGAAAAAUCUAGGUCUCCCAGUGUAACAAGUGUCACCGCAGAAACGAAAGAAGCAUCAGAUAAAUCAAAGUCUCCCAGUGUUACUGAUGAAGUUGCCGAAUUGAAAGAUGUUGAUACAAAGGAGAUUGAAAAAUCUAGAUCACCCAGUGUAACAAGUGUCACCGCAGAAACGAAAGAAGCAUCAGAUAAAUCAAAGUCUCCUAGUAUUGCUGGUGAAGUUGCCGAAUUGAAAGAUGUUGAUACAAAGGAGAUUGAAAAAUCUAGAUCACCCAGUGUAACAAGUGUCACUGUAGAAACAAAAGAACCAAUGGAUAAAUCAAAGUCGCCUAGUAUUGCUGGUGAAGUUGCUGAAUUGAAAGACAUCGAUACAAAGGAGAUUGAAAAAUCUAGGUCUCCCAGUGUAACAAGUGUCACCGCAGAAACGAAAGAACCAUCAGAUAAAUCAAAGUCUCCCAGUGUUACUGAUGAAGUUGCCGAAUUGAAAGAUGUUGAUACAAAGGAAAUUGAAAAAUCUAGGUCUCCCAGUGUAACAAGUGUCACAGCAGAAACAAAAGAGCCAAUAGAUAAAUCAAAGUCGCCUAGUAUUGCUGGUGAAGUUGCUGAAUUGAAAGAUGUUGAUGCAAAGGAGAUUGAAAAAUCUAGGUCUCCCAGUGUAACAAGUGUCACAGCAGAAACAAAAGAACAAACGGAUAAAUCAAAGUCUCCCAGUGUUGCAGGUGAAGUUGCUGAAAUGAAAGAUGUUGAUACAAAGGAGAUUGAAAAAUCUAGAUCACCCAGUGUAACAAGUGUCACUGUAGAAACAAAAGAACCAAUGGAUAAAUCAAAGUCGCCUAGUAUUGCUGGUGAAGUUGCUGAAUUGAAAGACAUCGAUACAAAGGAGAUUGAAAAGUCGAGGUCUCCCAGCGUAACAAGUAUUACAGCAGAAACAAAAGAGCCAUCGGAUAAAUCAAAGUCUCCCAGUGUUGCUGGUGAAAAACCAGAAUUAAAGGAUGUUGACUCGAAAGAAAUAGAAAAGUCGAGGUCUCCCAGCGUAACAAGUGUCACUGCAGAAACAAAAGAGCCAUCGGAUAAAUCAAAGUCACCGAGUGUUGCUGGUGAAGAGCCAGAGUUAAAGGAUGUUGACUCGAAAAAAAUAGAAAAGUCGAGGUCUCCCAGCGUAGCAAGUGUCACAACAGAAGUGAAAGAGCCAUCGGAUAAAUCAAAAUCACCGAGUGUUGCUGGUGAAGAGCCAGAGUUAAAGGAUGUUGAUACAAAAGAGAUUAAAAAAUCGAGGUCUCCCAGUUCAACAAGUAUUACAACCGAAAUGAAGGAAUCAUCAGAUAAAUCAAAGUCUCCCAGUGUUACUGAUGAAGUUGUUGAAUUGAAAGAUACAAAGGAAAUUGAAAAGUCGAGGUCUCCGAGCGUAACAAGUGUCACAGAAGAAAAAGAGGCAUCAGAUAAAUCAAAAUCUCCCAGUGUUGCUGGUGAAAAGCCAGAAUUAAAGGAUGUUGAGAUAAAAGACAUAGAAAAAUCCAGGUCUCCAAGUGUGACGAGUGUUACUGCGGAAGUGAAAGAACCAUCGGAUAAAUCAAAGUCACCCAGUGUUUCUAGUGAUGUUGCCGAAUUAAAAGAUGUCGAUACGAAAGAUAUUGAAAAGUCCAGGUCUCCAAGUUUAACAACAGAAAUCAAAGAACUUUCAAAAUCGGAAGAUGUUGCAAAGGAGAUUGAAAAAUCGAGAUCUCCCAGCGUGGCAAGCGUUACAACAGAAGUGAAAGUACCAUCAGAUAAAUCAAAGUCACCGAGUGUUGUUGGGGAAGAGCCAGAAUUAAAGGAUAUUGAUACAAAAGACAUAGAUAAAUCUAGAUCUCCCAGUGUAACUAGUGUCACAGCAGAAGUCAAAGAAUCAUCGGACAAAUCAAAGUCACCCAGCGUUGCUGGUGAAGAACCUGAUUUUAAGGAUAUUGAUGUAAAACGUAUUGAAAAAUCUCCAAGCACGGUGAGCGAUGGAGGUGAACCUAAAGAAUCAGCCGAUAAAUCAAAAUCGCCCAGUGUUGUUGGUGAAGAACUAGAUUUAAAGGACGUUGACACAAAGGAUAUUGAAAAAUCUAGAUCUUCGAGUGUUACUAUAGAACCGAAAGAGGCCUUCGAUAAAUCAAAGUCGCCCAGUAUUGCUGGUGAUGUUACCGAUUUGAAAGAUGUCGAUACAAAAGAUAUGGAAAAAUCUAGAUCUCCAAGCCUAGCAAGCGAAAUAACAGAUGAGAAAGGAACAGAAAUUAAAUCAAAAUCUCCUAGUGUCGCAGAAGAAUCAGUAGAUUCGAAGGAUGUUGUAAAAGAUACUGAAAAAUCCAGAUCUCCGAGCGUAACAAGUAGUACAACGGAAACGAAACUGGCUGUGGAUAAAUCAAAAUCGCCUAGUGUUGCCGGUGAUGUUGUCGAUAUGAAAGAUGUUGACGUUAAAGAUAUCGAGAAGUCUAGAUCCCCUAGCGUAACAAGUAUCACGACAGAAACGAGAGAACCAUCGGAUAAAUCAAAAUCGCCUAGCAUAAUUGGAGAUGCCCCUGAUUUGAAGGAUGUUGAGGCAAAAGGUAUCGAAAAAUCGAGAUCUCCAAGUGCGACAAGUGUUACAGAAUCGAAAGAACCUUUAGAAAAAUCGAAGUCGCCUAGCAUUGCUGGCGAAGCGCCCGAUGAUAUCCCUGUGAAAGAAAAAUCCAAAUCUCCCAGCCUAUCUCCUAGCGCUCUAACAGAGGCAAAAGAUAUAUCGAAAUCACCAAGUGUUGUCAGCGAUACUGAUUCGAAAGAUAUCGAAUCAAAGACUGUAGAAAAAUCUAGGUCCCCCAGUAUAACCGCCGUCAUUACGGAGCAGAAGGAAGUAGCGGACAAGAGACCUAGUGUUGCUGGCGAUUUGACCGAUUUAAAAGAUAUUGAAAAAUCGAGAUCUCCAAGUGUGACUAGUAUCACGGCGGAACCAAAGGAUGCAGCGGAGUCCAAGUCCAAAUCGCCUAGCAUUGCUGGUGAUACACCGACCGAUCUGAAAGAUAUCGAUAAAUCUAGAUCUCCUAGCGUAACAAGCGUAGUUACAGAAACAAAAGAUAAGUCGAAAUCUCCCAGUGUUGCGGGUGACGUAAAGGACAUCGAUGCAAAGGAUAUCGAGAAAUCCAAGUCCCCGAGUGAAACGAGUUCACCGACGGAGAUCAAAGAUGCAUCGGUUAAAUCGAAAUCGCCCGAUAUCGCCGAACACGAUGCUGAUUCAAUUUCUGAUGCCGAUUUAAAGAGAUCGGUGGACAUAUCGCCCACCUCCCUUUUGGAUUUACGAAUUAGCGACAGAAGGAAACGUUCCAUUUCGUCGGACGAUAAAAAGGAAGUUUCGAAGUUCCCUGGUGACGGGAUAAAAGAUAAAUCUGUGUCGCCUGUCGAUAAAACGGACGCGAUUGAAAAGCCUAAAGACAUGGUGUGCACAGUGCCAUCGUCACGGGACAAGGAAGACUCGUUCGUUCCUCGUAAAUCAGUAUCACAGGAAUUGGGAAAAGCGGAUGAGAAAAUCGACGAUAAGGAGGAUAGAACGUUGGGUGAAAGUGUCGAUCGAUUGAAAGACGAGCGAAAGGAGGACAUAGCCAAUAAGGAAGAAAAUAUCACGAGAUAUAUCUUAGAGGAAUAUAUAAAUAAGGGAAGGAAAAUUACAACGCACGUGAUAGAAGAGAUAAUUAGGACUUAUUCGGUCUCGGAGUUCGUAGUGAUGAAUAUCAUCGAAACGAUCGUUAUGACGAGAAAAAUACACAGAGAUUCAAUUCUAGAAAUUGCCGAGCAUAAAAGAUCGGAGGACGAAGCGAAAGUGGCGCGAGGCAAAGACGCGACGAAGGAUACGAGCGAGGGUUCCAUGAGUUCCAGCUUGAGUUCAGAGCUGAUCGCUUCCGAUAAAUCCACCCAGGACAGCCCUGCACGCUCCGAUCCCCACAUCGACGAAGAAAUAUCGAUCUCGGAGGAGAAGAGGGUCGAGAUGGAGAAGUUCUUGGAGGAGGAUUACAUCAAACAGGGGAGGAGGAUCACCGAGGAGAUACUGGAGGAGAUCACCGUAAGGACAUCUUUGCCCCGAUACAUCAUUCUAGAAAUAAUCGAGGAGAUAAUUUUGAAGAAGAAACUUGUCCGAGAAUCCAUAAUUGACUCGGAGGUCGACUAUCAAGAGGACGAAGAGGGUGAAGACAGUUACACCAAGGAUGGCUUCCGUUACGAAAAAUCUCCCUCCCCUCGAUACGACGAAAGAAAACUGUCUUACGAUUACAAAGGAUCCGAGUAUCCAAGAAUGCAGCAACAAGGAUCGCAAAUGGACGCGUCGAUCUCGGAUUACACGGUCGGCCAAUACGAGAGCCAGUUCCACAAAGCGUUCGUCGGCGGGGUUACGGAGAUACGAACCACUCACAUCACGACCCUCUCGGGUAAAUCAACGCCGGAUAUGACCCGAGACGAGACUCCCGACUCGAUCUCGGAACCUACGGCCUCCACGGUGGAGAAAAUGGAGGAGAAAUCCGGUGUCGUUAAACCGUCAGACGUUUCCAAGAUCACCACUGCUACGACUAUCACCUCCACGGUGACCCAGAGGACGAGCACGUCGGUUGUGGAGACGGAGGGAAAGCCUGGUCAGAUAAUAUUGAAAGAGAGCAAGAUCGGUGAGCCGAUCGAGACCGAGGAGGAAUCGAUCGAGCAGCGGCCAGAAAUUUCGUCGGAUGGUAAAGUCAUCGUGGUGAAGAGAAUCGUGAAACGGGAAGUGCGCGAGGACGAGCCAGAUACCGUUCAAAUACUGAAAGAGAGUAAAAUCGGCGAAUCGAUCAGGAAGAUAACCGAAGAAUCGGAUGUGUCGAGGCUCGAGAUCAAGGGAACCGAGGAGAAAUUGUUAUUGGGCGAAGAGGAAUCAGAAAUUUCACCUGACGGUAAAGUUAUCAUAGUGAAGAAGAUCGUGAAACGUGAGAUCGUCCCGGAGGACGAGAUCGGGGGCGACGAUUUGAAAACGAUAAAAGAGAUCACGAGCAAGGAAAUAACGAUACCUGAUACCGUCGAGACGGUGAGAAAGGAAACGAAACAAAUUGUGAUUACUGGGGGGGACGCGUUGUCCGAUGGUAAGGUAAGUUUGUCAGACGCUGAGAAACUGCUGACCGGCCACAAAUUAUCCGACGUGAAGGUGACAACAACGAUCACGAAGAUAGACGACACCGAUACCUCGACCACCGACGAGGGAACGACGAUCAAGGGGGCCGUGAGAAAGCAGGAAAAGGAAGAGAAGCGGUGGGUGGAGGAGGAGGGAGGCACGAAAAAAUUGGAGAAGGGGGCGGAAGCGAAGGAGAGACGGCCGGUAUCCCCUCACGUGCGCGACAUUGCCUCUGAUAUCGUGCAAUCCGGAAGAUCCACGCCCGACAGAAGAUCGGAGGGCAGAUCGUUGACGGGGACCCCGGAGGGGUUCAGAUCUGGCGAGGUGAUCCGAACGAUCAUCACCACUACGAAGACGGUGUCCGACGACGGAGAGAUCGUGACGACGACUCGAGAGGUGACGGAAACGACGAACGAGAAGGGAGAGACGGUGAUCCUGGCCGAGAAAGUGGACGUGAAGGUGGACGAGUACGUGGCGCCGCAAGAAAAAGAGAAGGAAGGCGGUAUGACAGGGAGCUAUUACGGCGAAUUGCCAACCUCGUCCCAACUCGGCGACGGGACGCGCAAGGGGGCAGAUCCCUCCUCGAGGGAACAGCAGAGCGAUUCGUACGCGUUGAAACGAUUCCUGGUGGAGAAGGAGUACGCCGGCGACUACAAGGAGAGGCAGGACGCGAAGAGGUACAUCGACGAGGCGGGCCUCGAUUUCGAGAAAACUAUGGGGGUGGAACGAAAGGAAUCAGCCGAGUCGCGUGCAAGGGCUGUCUCGUCGAGAUUCACGAACGGCAGCGUUCGCCAGGAAGCGUCGGAUGCGAGCGACAAGGAGGACGAGCGCGAUCCGACGAAGAAAGACCCGUUGGACGGUUGGGGAACCCCUCUCGGCCUUCCCUCCCCUGUCCCGCCUCGUAAGUUCAACCUGAAAAAUGCGACUCAACCCGCGAACACGAGCAACAACGCGAACGAUGAAUCGCGCCCCGACACCGAGAUAAACUUCGAUGCGAUACACGAUUGGGGGGAGCCGUUGAGAUUGCCCUCGCCCGCGCCAGUGACCAACGAAAUUUCCAACAAGGGCGCGCCAGGGACGCCGAAGAAGGAGAAGAAGCAAGCGAAAAGGGUGCUGUCCGAGAACAUAAAGAACAAGAAACGUUCGGAGAGCCCGGGAAAGAACGAGAAAAAGAUGAAAGAUUCGAAGAACAAGGUGCAGCCGGUUUACGUGGAUUUGACUUACGUACCUCAUCACGGGAACUCGUACUACACCUCGUUGGAAUUUUUCAAAAGGGUACGGGCGAGAUAUUACGUGUUCAGCGGCACGGAGCCGAGCCGCGAGGUGUACGACGCGUUAUUGGAAGCUAAAAGAUCAUGGGAGGACAAAGAUCUUGAGGUGACUAUGAUACCGACUUACGACACCGACACAUUGGGCUAUUGGGUGGCGGACAACGAGGAAGCCCUGGCAGCGAAUCACAUUGACCUUUCACCCUCGGCAUCCCGAUGCACGAUUAAUCUGCAGGACCACGAGACUAGUUGCAGUGCCUAUAGACUUGAAUUCUAGGGAUUGGCAGCCUGCUCAGCCGUAAUAGUUGAGUUCUGAGCGGUGUUCAGAGAGUGUAUUUUAUCGCUUCGUUUCUGGACUUGCCGUUUCGCGAAUUCCUUACCGUGCCUAUUAGCGGUUCAUGAAACUUUAGAAAACUUAAGGAGAGGCUACAUCGAACGACAUUGACGUGGUCGUUGUUUUACGAUCCGAAUUUCGUGCCUAAUCAUCCCAUACGAAUCGAUAUGCAGUUGUUCCUUGUUUUUUAAUGCACAGGUUAAUUGGAUCAACAACUACGAGACUAUGUAUUACGUUGUAUCGAUUAUAUGACAACAUAAUUAUGUGACAACAACAGCAAAAUAUCAAAAGCAACAAUAACAACAACGAAGACGACGGAGACGAGGACUAGGACGAUGACGAGGACGCGAACAAUUGCUCCUUCUCUUAUCUGUUAUUUAUUUAUUUCUUUUUUUUCUAUUCGUUCUUCUCUAUCAAUCUUCCUUUCGUUCUUAUUAUAUUUGAUACAAAGAUGUGCAAUGACAGUUGUAUUAAAAUAAUACUGAUCACCUCCCUUGGUACUCGUUCAUGCGACCUUUGCUGAUACGUACGAUAAACAGAUUUGGCCUGUUCUUAGUUUUUCAAAUAUGGCUUAGAAAUCCAUUAGAGAAUUGCGUAGAGAGAGAGAAUGCUUAUACCGAAGCUCUUCUUUGCACCGUAAACUAAUUAUCUUUUUAUACACCAAUAUUCGACUCGAUUGAAGACAAUUAUAAAUUGUGUAGAAAAAAAAAAAAGAAAAAAGAAAAAAAAAAGAAGAAAAAGAAAUGAAGACAAACAGGAACAACGCAACACAGCCUAGCAAUAAUACGGACAAGACGUACAAAGGUUUAUUAGAGUCAUACCGACACGGUAAUAUUAUACGCAUAAUGGAUAUAAAGGUGGAUACAAAGUUGAUGAGAAAUGGAACUCUUUGUACAUUUUUUUAUGAUGUUAAAUUUCCGACCGACACCAGGAGAUCAAUUCGAGCAUGAACGAUCCGACUCGUAAUCGCGAUUAACACGAUUCUUCGUUGUUGGAAUUUAAAAAUCAAUCUUCUCGUCAUAAAUGUCUACUCGUGUAAGUAAUAACAGAGAUAAACGACUAUAUGGUACACCGGAAAGUACUAUAGAUAGAAAUCUAUCUGUGUUGUGUUUCUAUACGUAAAGGUAGAAUAAACAAACGGGUUGGAUCAAAUAACAACAACAACAACAACAACAACAACAACAAGUAUUAUGUAGAAAAAAAAUGUCCAUAUUGUCGAUGUUUCAUUCCUAAUGCCUCUCAAAUCCGUUACUAGUAACGGUAAUAGGUGAAUAAACGAAGAAACAAAGCGAUCUAAAAUAAUGUUUUCUUCCUCGACAGAGAGAAAAAAAAAAAGAAAAAAAAGAAAAAAAAAGGUAGAAAAUUGGAAGCUAAAUUAAGAUGGCGAUAAAGUAAAAAUAUCGUACAACAUCCAUCCAAUGGACAACAAUGUCCACGUUCGAUAAUCGUACUCGAAUGGACACCUCUGUUUUUUUUCUUAAUGUCUCCUUUUCGAGGCGGGACGAUUUAAAAACAGAGUUGUUCAUUCCCAUGAUAAAUCCGUUUAUAGAUAUUUUUUAGUAGAUAUAUAUAUAUAACAAUAUACGUAACAGAAUGUUUUCAUUUCAAAACAAACGAAAAUACCACUUCCCAGAUCAUGCACCAUUUUAAAAACUAGACCAAACGAUAAUUACGGUGUCGUACCGAUGAUGAGAUUGUGCGAGAGAUAUUUCAUGAAUUCCAUGAAUUUGUUCGUUUCUUUUUUUUUUUUUUUUUUUUUCCUUUUUCAUUAGAAAACGCGAUGAUUCCGAUAUUUCAUAUUGAGAAGAAACCAGUGUUCGAUCGCAGCGGCAUCGCUAUCUGCUUCGCGUAUAUGAAAAAAAAAGAAAAAAAAAAGAAAAAGAAAAGAAAGCAAAGACUGUAAAAAAAGGAAGCGUUCGGAUUAAAAAUGUCGAUGGCAAUUGAGUCGAGAUCCAUUUUGUACUUAUUUGCGCUGGAACAACGAGAUAUGAGAAACUGUAUUUGUUCGAGAAUAUCAUUAUGGCGUUACAAUUGCUCGGUAACUGGAUGAUAUUGUGUAAAUGUGUAAUGAUUACAAUGGUAAUCGCGAGAACGAUGCUGAGAACAAUGCAAUGAUCAUCAUGAUAAUAAUGGCGCGAUCAUCAUGAUGAUAGUUGCUGUGACAAUGGUGAUGACAACGUGGAUAGAACGUUAACGUCAACACCAAUGCCAACAAUGACGACUAUUAAUGACGGUAUGGCGCUGAUUAUCAUGAUAGUGAUGAAGAUAAUGGCGACGGUAAUGGUGACUAUAACGGUGACGAUAACGACGACAACGACAGCGACGACGACAACGAUGAUGAUGAUUAUAAUGAUGAUGAUGAUGAUGAUGAUGAUGAUGAUGAUAAUGGUGAUGAUGAUGGCAAUGAUAAUAAUUUUUAUGGGAAUGAUUAUGAAUUUUCGAAAUCGAAAAAAUUAAUUCGUCAAUGAUAUAUCUUCCAGGCAGACGAAAUAAAAUUCUGCAUCAUGUAAGUACGAGAGAUGAACACGUUCGCAAGAUUUCUUAUAUAAGUCCUACUAUAUAAUUUAAAAUACUCAUUUAAUCAAAGAAACAAUUUUCACGUAAAAUAAACCUAGCUUUAUAGAUCAUGAGGAUACAUGCUCAGAUAAAUAUUGUGUUUUUAGUUGUUUCGGUGAUAAAGAGGAAGAUGCAUUAAGUGACAUAGUGGAAAGAUUUAUUUUACACGUAUAUAUUAUAUAUACAUAUAUUUAUUAUACAUGCAUAUGUAUAACAAUGUUCAUGCAUACGUAUGAUUAUACCAAUCGAACGAAUGCGAUUUUGAUCGACCUACAAAAAAAAAAAAUCAGUAUCACAUUCGAUUUUAUAUUACUUGGAUUCGUGGAAUCCAAGGGACCACGGAGAAAAAAAAAAAGAAUUUAAUCAACGAUUCGUUAUUAUCGAAAUAUGUCGAACAAUCAAAGUAUGAAGGUACAGAGGAAUGAAUGGCCUAUAUAAAUCGAUCGAUUCUAAUACGUGUCGUACGAAAACAAUAUCUCACGAUCGUUCACCAGGUUCAGCAAAAAGAACCAAAUAAAAACACGAAGAAAAAGUAUACAUUCUACUAAUUGUGAUCGACUUAAAACUCCGGGUCCAAUAAAUGCUGUAGUUAGUGUGUAAGUUUUUACUACUCGUUUAUUACAAUUUUUUCAAGAUACUCGCUUGUUUGUUCCUUCGUGUGUAUAUUUUCACAUAUUUAUUUAUUUAUUAAUUUUUUUUUUUUUUUACUUUUUCACUUUUUCUUCACGUCAUUAUGUUAUGAUAACCACACCAAACAGGUUUUAGAUUUAAGUUUAACACAGCAAAAUCAAUAAGAUUGUUUUAUGGAGCAAAAGUUUGAUCUAAGUGAAAAUAAUAUGUUUGUUAUGUAUUGUGGUUUUUAUCGUUAUUAUUAUCACCAUCAUCAUUAUUACUGCUACUAUUAAUAUUACUUAUCAUUGUUACUGGCAUCAUCACCAUUACUGCUACUACUGCCGCUGCUCUCUGCUAUUUUGUCACACUAUCAACAUUAUCAUCAUUAUCAUUCUUAUUAUUAUUGAUAUUAUUAUUAUUAAUAUGAAUUAACUGUUAUUAUUAUUAUUAUUAUUAUCGCUAUUAUGAUACCGUUAUGAUUAUUGCCAUCAUCGUCGUAAUUAUGUAUAAUAUAUAUAUAUGUAUAAUAUAUAUAUAUUGUUAUUAUUGCUAUAUUGAUAGCUAUCACUACUGCAUCGUUACAGUCAAUCAUCCCCAUUAUUGUCGUUGUUUUUAUCGUUAUUGUUGUUGUUGCUGUUGUUGUUGCAUUGUUAUUUUUACCAUCAUUAGCAUGAUCGUAUCGUCAUUGUUACACACCAUCGAUCGUGAAUGAUAAUUUUGUUGCUUGUGAUUGAGAGGAAAGUAAAAGAAAAAAGGAAAAAGAAAAAAAAAAACGCGAUAGCGAGAAAUCAUAUGUACCUAUGUAUUUAUGUAUUAUUUAUUGACAAUUAAUAACGACCAGCUGUUUAGGUAGGAUAUUAAAAUUAUGAAAUUGAAUGUAACGAAACGAACGGGAUGAGUAAACAAACACAGCCAUUAACAUUGGUAACAAAUAAAGUGAACAAUUUAGACACAACUUGUAUUAACAAAUUGAUGAUCAAGAAAAAGAAUUUAAAUUAAAAAACAACGGUGAAAUAUAAGAGUUAAGAACGAGCUUUCAUUAAGACGUUUUAGAUUAAAAUAUAAAGAUGAAAAAAAAAAGGUAUAUAUAUAUAUAAAAAUAUAUAUAAACACGUACACACCGAGAAGAAGACAAACAGAUACACACACUCACACUUAAACAACGUGCACACAUGUGCACGCGUAUACAUAACAUAUAUACAAAGAUAUAUAUAUAUACAUAUAUAUAUAUAAAAUAUAUGAAUGGAAAGACAAAGGAGAGAACAAAAAAAUAUAGAAAAGAAAUCUAUAUGUGGGAAGGAAAAAAAGGGUAUGCGAAGAUAACGAAGUGCGAACCUCAACACCUGUACGAACCCCUAAAUCGCGAUGCUUAACGGGUGUGAGAACGGUGAUACGGUUUUAUUUAGAUAUCAACUUAAAAGGCGUCGUUUUACACGAUUUGUAACACGUAUCCGACACUCGAGCGUAUCGGGGUAAGUGGUCUCGUUCAAGUUUUCACACGAAUUCUUCCAAUUUGACCGAGUCGAAAAGAUUAUCGUCAUUCGAGCUAUGUGAAAAAAAAAAGAAAUGUUAAAUAUCAAACGAGUAUCGAUAAUGAAGUGAUAAAAAUGUUUGAAAGUAAAAGCAAUUGGUAAUAGUACCAGAGUUUGUUUACUCGACGCGAAAUAUCGGAUACGCUAAUGUUCUAGUCAGAAAAACAAUUUCCUAAUAUUAAAAGAUCAUCUAGUCAUUCUUCUUCACAGUCGAUCUUCUGCCGUUAUGAGACUGCGUUGCAGACGUUAAGACGAGUACAGUUUUUCACAAUUGUAUUUAUUAUAUAAAUCGCGGUUCUCACCCCUUGAAGCGCAUCAGCGCGUCGUGUUUUUCGAAUAACGAAUUAAAAAAAAAAAAAAACUUACUGUGGAGUGUUCAUGGUGCUAUGAUUACUAUUAUUAUGAUUAUGAUUAUGAUUAUGAUGAUGAUGAUGAUGAUGAUGAUGAUGAUGAUGAUGAUUAUUAUUAUUAUUAUUAUUAUUAUUAUUAUUAUUAUUACUAUAGAAAUAACAAUGUUACGCUAUAUGACAAAAAUGAUAAUAUAAUAAAUAUACAUUAUACCUUAACAAUA